GGAAAGACCGGUUUAUAGUUAACACGUCAAAAGAACACAUCCACCAUUUAGGUCGGAAUUUACGUUCGGUCGGCACAGCGAAUUCUUCUGUUUUUGCACCAAUUUGACUUUUUUCCUGUCAAAGAAGGUUUUCGAGUUUCACUUCUUGUUGAAGAUGUUCCCAGAAGACAACGAAGAGUCACCUGCACAACUGGGGGAUGAUACAGAGAUCGGGACUGAUCAUGAAGGUGGUGACAACUUGAGACGCUGGAAGUGUCUUAAGUUACUCGCGCUGAACGCAGACGGUGUUCUGUUCAGUCCUGCAGCCCUGCAGGGUCCGGCCGGACAGCACCUCAGGACGUACCAUUCAGGGGACGUGGUGGGGGUGCGCAGGCUCAGGAGGACAGGUGUCCAGGUGUUGCUGCUGUCAGAAGAAGAUGACCCCGUGUUCAACACAGUAGCGGAUCGGGAGAAAUGCAGCCUGCGGCAGAACUGUAAGGACAAGUUGAGUGAACUGGAUUCGUACAGACUACAGCUGGGCCUGAGCUGGGCGGAGGUUGGCUACGUAGGGCAUGACGCGUCGGAUGUGGAAUGUAUGCGGAGAGUUGGCGUCAGCGCAUGCGCAGACAACAGCCACAACCUGGUCCAAAGAAUAGCCUGUUUCGUCUCCCACUACGCAGGCGCUAACGGGGCACUGAGAGAAUUCACAGAUCAGGUUGUGGAACUCAACAAAAUGGACACGGAGGUAGAAGUCGUCAUGAGAUAGACGUCUGGCUAAGGACAACGUUGAACAUCUCGCCGUUGUGUCAAUGGGAAAUAUAUGAGUGUGAUAACAUUUGCAGCAAAUAAAAUACAUGUAAUGAGCAUCUGUCCAAUGGAGUCUAGAUAUCAUGAUUUAAAAUUAACGAACAUUAACUUAUAACAGACUCCAAGUUAUGUCAAGUUUGUCUUAAUAAAGCAGUCUUGUAUUAAAUUCAUUCUUCACAGA